AUAAAAAUGAUUUUAUUGGUUGGCUAUGAUGUCAUGGUACAAGCAUAAUGGUAGACUACAAAUUAUAAAGGCAUAUGGUGCGAAUAAGACAAACAAAGCGUACUAAGCUCGAAUAGAUCUAAUUAAAAAGUAAUAAUGGAAGAUACUGUAAACAAAUUUUUUCAUGGCUAUUCAGAUGCGAUUUAUGAAUUUGCUGAGGGUGAAAGUAUUAUAAGCCCAAGCCCUGACCAAGAUCAAUUUUUCAUUCAAAAUCAUCAAACAUUUAUUUUUCCGGAAAAUAAUUUAAUUUUUCCAAACAUAAGAAAUAUCAAUGUUCCUGAAUUUGAUUUAGAAUCUCAGCAAUCAAUGUUUUUAGAAAUGUUUCUAAAUAAUAGUGAUUUUUAUAAUUUUCCACCUGCAGAUAAAAAAGACCACUCAGAAUGUAUUCCAACUGUUAAUAUUAUAAAUCCAGAGACACCUAGCUCAACAAAAUUUGACGAAGAGGAAGAUGAUACCGAAAGUAUUCUUAUGGAUACCGAAAAUAUUCUCAACCAACCUGAGUUAGAAGAUUUUUAUGAUGAAAAAAGCAGCUCAAUUAGUGAUAAAGAUUUAAUGGCAAUGCCAGUUCGUCAGCUAAAUUUGAAAUUAAAAAAUCUACCCAAAGAUGAAAAGUUGAAACUUAAAGCACGUAGAAGAUUGCUUAAAAACAGAGGAUAUGCUCAAACAUGUCGCGAGAGGAGAUUAUACUCUCAAAGAACAGUUAUGGAGGAGAAUGAACAUCUCAAAAACCUCCUCAAACAAGUUACUAUAGAAAAGAACAUUAUUGAAAGUAAAUACAAUCAUCUUAAAAAUGCAAUCAAAAAAGCCAAACUUUCAAGACAUCAUAAACCAUGUUAAUAGAAAAAUGACUUGUAAAUAGUAAUGUAUAUUUAUAUAUUAAGUAUUAUUUUUCUUUCUUAUUUUAAAUUGAAUUUGUUUGUUGAUAUUUUUUUUUGUUGCCAUAAAAAUUCAGUUUUAAUAAAAUUUAAAAUUUUUAAAUUAUUGAAAUUGUUUAUUGUUGUUGUUGUUGUUGUUGUUGUUGUUGUUGUUGUUGUGCAUGUCUGUAUGUGUGUAUUAGGGCUCAACAAAUCAUUUUAUUUUUUUUUAUGAGGAACGUUGACGUUCGUCUCAAUAUUUAUUAAAUUAUUAUUUUAUGUAUAUUUAUAUAAUAUUUUCUUGAUAUUUUACAUGACAUGUUUCAUAAUACAUAUGCAGCUACUUA